CAAGAUGAACAAAGAUGCGCAGAUGAGAGCAGCGAUUAACCAAAAGUUGAUAGAAACUGGAGAAAGAGAACAUCUCAAAGAGUUGCUGAGAGCUAAAUUAAUUGAAUGUGGCUGGAAGGACCAGUUGAAGGUACACUGUAAAGAGGUAGUUAAAGAAAAAGGACUAGAACAUGUUACUGUUGAUGACUUGGUGGCUGAAAUCACACCAAAAGGCAGAGCCCUGGUACCUGACAGUGCAAAGAAGGAGCUCCUACAAAGAAUAAGAACAUUCCCUGCUCAGCAUGCCAGCCUUUCAGACUGGAUGAGAUUGUGUUGUUUUGUGGUUUUAUUUCUGAAACCAGAGGCCAAGAUCCUCAAGAGUGUGAUGGCCAUCUGUUUGGUCGUGGUAGAUGGGGCAGAUCAGAACGUUCUCUGUCUUCGGCUGUAA